GGACAGUUGCUUCGUCAUCUUGAUACAAUGUAGCUAGGUUUGUUCUUCCUCCUCCUUUUACUUAGGUAUUAGUUUAAUACAUAGAUAAGUUAACGACCUAUUUAUUUAUUAUUUGCUGUAUCGGCAAUACGUUCAGUUAGUUUAAACAAAGCAUGCGCAGGGUGACGCUUUUUGUCAACGGAACCUCCAAAAAUGGCAAGGUUGUAGCUGUUUAUGGGACUUUGUCCGAUCUUUUGACAGUCGCCAGCAAUAAACUGGGAAUAAGGGCUUGUAAUUUAUAUAAUGGGAAAGGUGGCCUCAUAGAUGACAUUGGACUCAUCAGAGAUGAUGAUGUGUUAUAUGUGUCAGAGGGAGAUGCUUUCAUAAAUCCCCAGAGUGAUAGCAAGACAUCAGAUGACAACUCCGGUUCGCACACCGAUUGGCUAACGCUGAAUAUUGGUGGGCGGCUUUUUACGACGACUAGGAGUACUCUUGUGAGUAAGGAGCCUGACUGUAUGCUGGCACACAUGUUUAGAGAGAAAGAUGUUUGGGGUAAUAAGCAGGAUGAACGAGGGUCUUACCUUAUUGACCGGAGCCCAGAGUACUUCGAACCGAUCCUGAAUUACCUAAGGCACGGUCAGAUCAUUGUCAAUGAAGGAAUAAACAUACUCGGAGUGCUGGAAGAAGCUCGAUUCUUUGGAAUAGAGGAGUUGGCUGAACAGCUAGAAGUCGCCAUAAAGAAUUCACAUCCACCUGAAGAUCACUCUCCACUUUCCCGGAAGGAGUUUGUUCGAUUUCUUCUGGCUACGCCGACCAAAUCAGAGCUACGCUGCCAGGGUCUGAAUUUUAGUGGAGCUGAUCUUUCUCGGCUUGAUUUGCGCUAUAUUAAUUUUAAAAUGGCAAAUCUGAGUCGUUGUAAUCUCACCUAUGCAAACCUGUGCUGUUCAAACCUGGAGAGAGCGGACCUAUCGGGAGCCAACCUGGAUGGUGCUAAUCUUCAGGGUGUGAAGAUGCUCUGCUCCAAUGCAGAAGGAGCGUCUCUGAAAGGAUGCAACUUUGAGGAUCCAUCUGGGCUAAAGGCCAAUCUCGAGGGUGCUAAUCUGAAAGGCGUUGACAUGGAGGGCAGUCAGAUGACGGGGAUAAAUCUGCGUGUGGCUACACUGAAGAAUGCCAAGCUAAAAAACUGUAACUUGCGUGGUGCUACAUUAGCAGGCACAGAUCUUGAGAACUGUGAUCUCUCAGGCUGUGAUCUACAGGAAGCCAACCUGCGUGGCUCAAAUGUGAAAGGAGCCAUUUUUGAGGAGAUGCUGACUGCACUGCACAUGUCCCAAAGUGUGAGAUAACCAAUUAAAAUGCUCCCUGUCCAACAACCUUACCAGCCAGCUGUUAAUAGCACCACCCUCCCAACUUCCUGUUUCACGCUCAUGUGGAACCGUAUGCAAUACAAUAUUAGCACUUGACUUGCCCCACCCCUUAUAUUUUUACCUUACUCUCAUGCACUAAUGCACAUCCAGGGUCUAAUUUCAAAACGGUAAAAGCUUUUAGAAAUUCCAAAUAUAUAGAAGUUGAUCAAAGGUCAACCAAACCCAUUGCUUUAAGUUGUAUUUUAAGUUUUAUUAUGCUUUGAGUUUGUCUUAGUGAAUGUAUAAGUUUUGUGCUUCUAUAUGAUGAAGUCAACAUUUCAACCAAAAAUAUAUAUCGCAUAAAUUAGGCAAUGCCUUUAAAGGCUUAUUGUUGCCUUUUUGCACAGCAUACAGCAGAACCUACAUACUCAUAGUAGCAUAGUUUGUGUACACGAUAUCUGAAUAAUGGAACAUACCUUAAUCCUAUCUCAUACAGGUCUGGUUUCAAAUAUGCAACAUAAACACAAAUCUCUUACAUAUAAUUUUCUCAUAUUUACACAGAAAUUUCUUUGUUUUGGUGUUUGUUGUUUAAUCUUCCUCCCAUGUUGCCCAUUCUAUAUUUUCUUUCAGUUCACUCGAAAGUCCAUGCAGAGACUUCAACCAAAUACAAACCAAAUGUUGUCACAUUUUGGCAACACUUUCAAACGUUUUAAUCCUUUGAUAACUGUGUAAUAGCCAUAGGUUAAUAUGCACAAUAAUUAACCAAUGGUGCCAAUAUGCUGGUUUAUAUUAUCUGUUUGUGUUAUGGUUGCCACCUACUCCUUAGUUUUCACUCCCAUUUUUUUUAUUUAAUAUUGUUUAAGUUGAUGUGACCAACUGUUGUUCAUCCAUACCAAAAAGUGAUGUUUCUUGUGUCAUUUUCAGCUCCAGUGCUUCCUUACACGGUGGCUAUCAUAUUGAAUUUGUCCCUGUUAUCAUGUCAUUUCUCAAUAUUUAAUCUGAAAAGCACUUAAUUAGGAUUUGACAUUGUGCACUCAUAUCCAAAACUAUACUGUCAAAUCUUUAUAACAAAUUUAGCUCUUAUUUAUACAUAAGACAAUUUAAGCACGUUUAUUACAUGCAAUUUAGGUCUUCUUCACAAAUAUCGAUCGUAUUAUAGACUUUAUUAUCAUCUCACCUGGAUUAUCUGAUGCACCCAUCUCAGUCAGAAAUGACACCUAGUUAUAUAUAAACAUGCUGUUAUUUUUUUCAUUUCGAAUUGUUGGGUACUCAAUCAAUCUUGUUAAAUGAAGGCAAUCAAAAUAGACUUUGCACUUUAAGUGUGAUUCUCUAUGUUUUGCACUUUAAGUGUGAUUCUCUAUGUAUAUCAGACCCUUGAUGAAAGGGUGCAAGCUAUUUAUUUAUGUAUCAGGCUGUAUUUAUGUAAAAGGUAUAGGUGAGGACCCUGUUCUAUCCUUGCCUUUCUUGCACUCACUAUAUUGCAGAAGUGUAUUUCUAUAAAUAGACUGUUAUAAUCAAA